GCGCUUUUCGUCCAGCUUUCCAUCUUGCCUCUGCUCUACAUCACGGCACAGCCAGCGCUCUGUACUGGUGGUGAUUGUUGUUGUAGAGAAUAAUGGCGGCAUCGGGAGGCGGAUUAUCAUCUCCCACUAAUGUCACAGUCCUAAACAACCAGGGCCAGGCACGGGCUCGCUUCCCUGGUCGGCCGUGGUCAACUCGAAAUCGGCUUCGGUUCGAGAAACGUCCCCAACGCGGAAGGUUGGGUUCUGACUGUGGAGAUGUGACCCUCGGAGGGCCGAGGCCCAUAAACAUCGGACUCACUUUGAGCGAGGAUCCUUCGCUACUGCGCCUACUCGGUGUAACUGAGAAGUAUGGGCGCCAGAAAGAUGCGGGAUUUGAGUCGAGCGGGAGUGAAGAGGAGGAAGAUUUCACUGGAUUUGGGACACAAACAGUUUGUUCCCAUCAGCUUCCGGGAAGCUCUCCUCUGUCAUCACCUACCCAGGCUAAGCCUCCUCCGGCCCCCGACCUGUCUCCACAAUCCAAGCCGCUGAUUGGAAAAAUUGUGCCACGGAGCCCCAAACCCACUCUGAUUGGAAAAAUUGUACAGAGGCCUCGUAAAGAAGGCCGUGGUGAUACAGUCAGAGUACCCGGUUCUCGGAUAUCCAUUAAGCUGCCUGCCAAGCAGGUAACCCCAAGUCCGGGCACCGAAAGUACCGGAAGACAGUCCUCGGGCUCCACACAGACAAAAGUGGCCCCGGGGUUGCAGCGCAAAGCGGCCACAAAAGAGCACACUACUCAGGGUUCUACCUCAGCCGCUGGCACCAAACAGGAUAAGCUUGUGUGUACCCUGACAGUUGUCAAGGGCAAAGGGAGAGGCUCCAGGCUGAAAGGGGCCGGUAAGGGCUCAAAGCACGCCCAGCCAGACCAAAGCUCUGGGAAGGGGACCAAGGGGUCUCGGCACCAGCAAAAUGAGUCUGAAGGAGCGUCGCAAUCCCAAGCUCCAACCAAGAGACGGCAGAAGAAGAAGGUGGAGUUGGACAUCGGGGCUUCCCCUGAGGGUGAAGCCCUUAGUGGACAGGCGGCGCCAACGCUCUCCCAGGGGAUCGCAGAAGAUUCCCCCAAGAAAAAGCCAGUGUUCAGAAAAGUUAAAAAAUCGUUGUUCGGGCGACGACAACAGCAGCAUAGCAAACCCGCUCAGAAAUUGGGCGGCAUUAAAAUCCGACGCGUGUUUUACACCUACGUCCCUGAGCCUGUUCCAGCUGCUCUGAAUCAGGAAGGGGAGGCCGAGUCGCCGCAGGGUCUGAGCUCCAGUAACUCCGCCGCACCUGUCGUCAGCGCUAGGUCUUCCAGGGUCAUCAAAGCCCCCAAAAGAUUCCUGGAUGAGGAGGACGCCGUCCCUAAGAGAUCCCUACUCAAAUCGGGGUCCACGUUGGAAGCUGGCGGCUCUGCGCAGAGUCCAAACUCCAGCCACCUGGAGGUGUACAAGAACCUCAAGAAGCUGACGUCCAAACUGGCCGAGAAGAAGAAGGGCCCUUCAGGCGCCAAAGGGGAGGACCUGUGUGCAGGCUCCGGCUCGACCCCUCCGGUCCGGAAGAGACGCAGGUCCAAGAUAAAGAUGGAGGAGGUGGACACGCCAGGGGUUGUGAGGAAGCUCGCUGUGUUGCUGAACAUCAAAGCCAGCGCCGUGCACGCCCAGGUGCCCUUGAGCGAGCCAGUAGUGGAAGGAGCACUGGAUACAGAUGCUCAAAUGUUUGAAGGCUACCUCGAGGCUCAGGACAGUGGAGAUGUAGCAGAGGCCAGUGGCCAGAGCCAGCGGAUGAGCCUCACGGGAGCCAAUAGGAGGAUGCUUCACCUUUUGAAACGAGCCAAGGUCCAGCUCAUCAAGAUAGACCAGCAGAAGCAGCUGAAGAUGGCCCAGUUGGGGUCAAGAGAAUCAGGAAUGGCGGCAAGUGGUAGGCGGAGAAGGAGGAGAGCGGUGAAAUCCAACGAUGAAGGCAACAGUCAGGAGCAGCCACUCGGGGGCCCCAGGAUAAAGCACGUGUGCCGGGCAGCCGCGGUGGCCCUUGGCCAGCCCCGGGCCAUGGUGCCGGACGACAUUCCCCGACUCAGUGCCCUGCCGCUCCACGAGAGAGAGGGCAUCGCGCUGUUGCCCGUCGCAAAACUCGAGGAGGGCGGGGACGAGGACGGCUCCGGCCAGGAGUGCGCUCAGUGGGAGCCCCCGGAGAGCCGAGUCCAGAGGCGGUGGAAAAGGGGCCGCAUCCGCUCCCGCCGCUGCGGGGUGUGCAGGGGCUGCCGGGUGCAGAAGGACUGCGGCACGUGCACCAACUGCCUGGACAAGCCCAAGUUCGGGGGGCCCAACACCAAGAAGCAGUGUUGCACACACAAGAAGUGUGAACGGAUCGAGAAGGGGAAAGAAGGCCGUAUCAUGAGACCGUUUAAACUUCACAGGAGGCGGUCGUCGUCUGCCGCAUCGAGCGCCGAGAGGGCGGAGUCGGGGGACGGACUCCCUGCGGACGCCGUCCCCCUCGGCGACAGGAGACACUCGCGGCGCAACAUCAAGCAUCGCUCCUACAGCAACCUGCUGAGGUCCGAGUCUGACGACGAGUCCGAGGCGGAGGAGCGGACGGUCAAGCCCGCGCACGCCAUCAAGCUCGCUCACGCCGCCAAGCUGGCGCGCGCCGCCAAGCUAGCUCACGCCGCCAAGCUAUCCCGAGGCGCCAAACCAGGCCGCGCCACCAAGCUAGCUCACGCCACCAAGCUAGCUCACGCUGCCAAGCUAGCCCGAGGCAACAAGCUGGCUUCCGCUGUCCCUAGCAAACAGGGCUUCCCCUCCUCCAAGGACGGCAGAACGGCCCUCUGUGACCUCCCCAGCGAGGCAGGCAGGCACCGGCGGCCCGGCCCCAAGGGAUCUGCGGGCCGGUACAGAGCUCUGAAGGCACAGGGGAAGGCAGAAGGGGAGGAGCCCAGAGGAGCCAGCCCGCCCCGGGACCUACUGCCACCCCUGCAGCAACGAUGCUUACAAAUCUGUUUACACCGCCUGCCAGAGUCCAUGCUGCAGUUGGCUCCACCCCCACUGGCUCCGCCCCGACUGGCUCCACCCCUAACCCCUACAGCUCCAACCCCUGCGCCCUCGCUGGCAGCAGCUCCAUCCUCGCCCCCGACAAUGCUGCCGCCAAUUCCAUCCCAAACCCCACUCCUACCGGCUCCAGCCCCAUUCUCGCCCCCAGCGUUGCCAGAUAAUCCAUUGCCCCAGCGCCUAAUAACCCCGCCCCUACUGGCGCCAGCCCCAAUCUCGCCCCCAGCGGGGCCAUCUACUCCAUUGCCCCGGCCCAUAAUAACCCCACCUCCAACCACCACUCGCAUAUCAGCAGCCCCAUCUAAAAAGGAGACGCUUCUUAAAUUGUCCCGACUUGUAAAAAGCCACACGACUGCCCAUAACCACCUUGUAGCCGUACACGCGCUUCCCAAAGCGGAGCGGUCCAUGCGGCUGGUCGUGCCGCGGCUGCCCGACUCUGUGGUCCUCGCAGCUUCAAAAACACGCGACUUUGUGGCGCCGCCGACGCCGCGGCCAGAGCCUCCGACGGCAGAGGGCACGGCUCAACCGCCACCCAGGCAGCCGGCACAGCUACGCCUGUGUUUACUCCGGCUGGCCGAGCCGCUGGUGAGGUCCUUAGUGCUGGCACCACGGGGGCAUGAGGCUGUAGAAGAGGAGAAGGGAGAGGGGGAUGGGGAGGAGGAGGAGGAGGAAGAGGAGGAGGAGGAAGAGGAGGAGGAGGAGGAGGAGGAAGAGGAGAAUGAUGAGAGCGAUGGAGGAACGGACACGUGGAGCCAUGGGCGUGGAGAUGAGGCGAGCUCCGUUAGUGAGCGGUUGCAGGCCCAUGCCACACACGGUGACCCCCGCUCUGUGCUUCGUUCCCAGAAUGCUGGAGAGUGUGCUCCGCCCAGCGCCCCGGGAGGGUUGCAUAACGGAUUCGCCCACAAGGGUCUGCUGCAGAGCACGCGCAGGAUCCGUGUGGACUUCAAGGAGGACUGCGCUCUGAAGAACGUUUGGCUGCUGGGCGGCCUCAGCGUGCUGACCUCCGUACCCACCACGCCACAGCCGGUCUGCCUGCUCUGUGCCAGCAAGGGCCACCACGAGCUGAUCUUCUGCCAGAUCUGCUGCGAGCCGUUCCACAGCUUCUGCCUCCUGCCCGAGGAGCGCCCCCAGGAGGAGAACAAGGAGAACUGGUGCUGCAGGCGCUGCAAGUUCUGUCACGUCUGCGGGCGCAAAAGCAAAAGCACCAAGCCUGUAUUGCAGUGCAGGAGAUGCCAGAACUCCUACCAUCCUUCAUGCUUGGGACCGACAUACCCCAAGCCUUUGAACUGUAGCACACCCUGGGUGUGCAUGGUGUGCAUCCGCUGUAAGAGCUGUGGGGUAACGCCUGGGAAGAACUGGGACAUGUCCUGGAACCACGAGCAGGACCUCUGCCCCGACUGCACACCCCUGUACAAGAAAGGGAACUUCUGCACCGUGUGCCACCAGUGCUACGAGACGGGGCCUGAGCAGCCCAUGCUGCAGUGUUCCGCCUGCAGCCGCCUCGUGCACUCCAAAUGUGAAGGUGUCUCCGAGGAGCUGUUUGGGCUGUUCUCGAGCCAAGUGGAGCGCGUUGCCUUCACAUGCACGGCCUGCAGCACGGCCUGCAGCCCGGGCGGUGCUGCAGGCAGCGGGUGGAGGGAGCAGCUCCAAGGCGCGCUCAGGGCCAGGAUGGAGCAGGUGCUGAAGGAGCUCCUGUCCUCCAGCACCACCCAGCACCUCAACCGCUGCCGAACGUGUGUGGCCAGGGGGGAUGUGGACUACGUGGUUGAAGAGCAGAAACCAGUCUGUGACUUUUGCGCCAUGGGCAAGAAGUUGGAAAAGGGGUGCUACACCUCCAUAAAAGCAUUCCAUGCAGACGUUUCCUUGGUGAUGCGGAGGUGGCUGAAGCAGGAAGAGCCUUUUCCUGAGGCUCAAAGACCCACCACUCAGGCUAAGGAACACUACCUCAAUCUGAUGAAGCAGGUCUUCACUUGGUUCAAUGGAGACGAUCUGAAAAUUUGGGACCCACUGUCCAAAGAAUACCCAGGAGCGAUGCUCCCUUAUGCAGUGAUGCCUCCCUCCAGGGAGCACAGCUACGCCCAGUGGCUGGAGAGGACCUACCAAGCCUGCGAGGACAGCCCAGCCCAAGCCCCCUCGCUCCCAGACACCAAGCCCCUCCCUGAGACCGAAGGACCUAAGUCCCACGGUUUGCCCCAGGAUGUGUCCUCGUCCAGAAGCAGGGAUGGGCGGCAGUGCGUACUUUGUCAACACUUUGGAGACGAGCUACCAAGCGCCGAGGGCCGCCUCCUGUACCUGGGGCAGAACGAGUGGGCGCAUGUCAACUGCUGCAUAUGGUCUGCGGAGGUGUACGAGGACAACAGCGCUCUCCUGCAGGUGCACAGUGCCGUCUCUAGGGGGCGCUACUUGCGUUGUGACCACUGCAGUCAGUCAGGAGCCACAGUGGGCUGCUGUCUGUCCAGCUGCCAGAGUAACUUCCACUUCAUGUGUGCCCGGGCUCGGAACUGUAUGUUUCAGCUGGACAGGAAGGUGUACUGCUACAAGCACAGGGACCUCGUCACGGAAAAGAUGGUUUCUGGGAUGGGCUUUGAAGUUCCGAGGCGAAUCUACGUGGACUUUGACGGCAUCGCGCUCAAGAGGAAGUUCCUCAUGGGCCUGGAGCCGGAGUCCAUCAGGAUGACCAUAGGUUCUCUGCAGAUCCAGAAACUGGGCGUAUUAUCCGAGCUUUCGUCCAAUGGGAAGAUGUUGUACCCCACCGGCUAUCAGUGUUCCCGGCUGUACUGGAGCACCGUGGACCCGCGCAGGCGCUGCAAGUACACGUGCAGGGUGACGGAGGUGAGCACCCCUCUCCCAGGGCAGGAGCACGACCCCAGGUGGGACAAGGAUGAGAACCAGACCAUCAUCCACAGCCCCAGUCACCAGCUCGAGAUAGAGUCACCCGAGCCGCUGAGCUCCUCACCCAAGGAGGCCAAGUCAAACACUUCGUCUCCAAACUCCAAGCCGCCGGGACCCAGGGUCCCCGGCUACGCCCAUGCACGGAAACCAGCCGGGGGCUCCUCGCGACCGCUUCCCUCCCCAGGGUCCGCUCCUCCCAAGGCCCACCCCAUCCUCACCCUGCGGGACCUGGACGACACCCGUCGCCCCCGCCGCCUCUCGUCGCGGAGCCGCUGCAGCUCCUCCCCCACCGAGAGCGAGCCCCCCCGCUCGGCCGGCCCCGGCGCCAGGACGCCGCUGUUCGGCUCCCCCCUCCGCUCCCACCACGACCCGCCGUCCACGCCGCCGUCUCCGUCGCGGCCGGGGCACAGCGCGGCGACCCCGCCCACCUCGCCCUCCGGCUUCUCCCCCCGGAGGAGCGGAGGCGCCACCACCAUCACCACCCCCCCCAACGCCACCAACACCACCGUCUCCCCAAAGGGCCGGCAACUGUUCCGCAUCACCACGCCGGUGUCGGCCGAGGUGCCCCAGGACUUCAUGGCGCCCUCGGAGGCGGGGGCGGCCACCACCAACGGCGUCGCCCUGGCCGCAGACGUCCUGGAGGAGGAGGUGGCGCAGCUCAUGGCCCAGGAGCUGCCCUACACCGUGUUCGACGCCGACACGGAGGUCGCCGUGGCGUCCAUGCUCAACGCCAAGAUCGAGUUUGACGAGGCGCUGCUCACCGAGGACGUGGCGCUGCACCUCGGGCCGCACGGCGGCGCUGGCGGGGAGGCGACGGGGGUCGAAGGUCAAGGCGAGGAGGCUCGGCGGGAGGAGCAGGGGGGCGGGGCGGACGACGACGACAACGUCGUCGACUGCAGCCCCUACUUGAAAUUUUCCCGCGUGGUGGUGGUCCGGGAGCCGAGCGAGGAGGGGGAGCGUCCGGGCGGCCCCCAGACCAUCCCCCAGCUGGACGGCGCCGACGGGGGCUCCGACAGCGACGAGAGCGAGGCGCCGGGGGGAGACGGUGACGGAGGCGGUGACGGGCCCCCGGGGCCCGCCGACUCGCCCACAAAGAAGCUGACCGUCGCUCUGCAGAGGCUGGAGUCCGUCCCCAUCGCCCCGCAGAAAAGUACGGCGGACCCGGAGCAGUCCAUGGCGAGCCCCUCGGCGGUGCCGCCGCUCGCCGCGGAGCCGGGCCCCCUCGACAGCCACCUGCUGGCCGAGGAGGUGGUCCUGGACUCUGAGUCGGCCGCGCGGGAGAAGGGCCAGCUGGACCCGGCCACCGGUCACUUUAUAUCCACCGACGACGGCACCAUCGUGCGGCUGGCCAACAAACCGGGCCUGGUGAUGGACAUCAGCACGUCCUCCACUGACUCCAUGGACGAGGCGCCGCCGCCGCCGCCCAACCCGCCCAAGCCCACCGCGGUCCCCAAAAGCCUGGCCCCGGUGAUGGUCAAGCGCAUCUUCCCCAAACCCUGCGCUCCCCAGCACGGCUCUGAGCUGAGGCUGCCCAUCGCCUCCCGCUUCCUGCACACCGCCGCCCCCGCCCCCGCCGCCGCUGUCAGCUCGGCGCCACGCAUGGUCACCUCCCCCAUCGUCAUCAACGGCCUGCCCAUGCAGACGGGCACGCCGCGGGGGCGCACCAUCGCCAUCCGCUUCGACUCCUCCAAGCCCGGGGCGCCGCAGCAGCAGCAGCUGCUGAUCCCGGCGCAGGCCGGCGCGUCCCACUGGGUCACGUCGGUGCCCCCCGCUCCGCAGGUCCUCCUGGUCAACCGCCAGGGGCAGAUCCUGCUGAAGGACCCCCGCUCCAACACCUACCAGACGCUCAACCAGAACUCGCCGGCCUACGGCCGGAUCAGCCAGGUGGCCAAGAUGCUGCACGGCGGGAACGCCCUGCAGCGCUCCGUCCCCCGCGUCAUCGUCAAGCCGCGCGCCGGCUCCGCCCACCCGGCCCCCCCGGCCCCCGGCGCCACCGCCGCCGCCCCCCGCCCCGCCCUCGGGGCCCCGCACCCGGCGGCCUACAGCGGCCGGGUCAUCGUGAGGACCCUGCCCGUCAACCGCAUGAUGGCCGGCGCUUCGGCCUCGCCGCCGGCGCCCGGCAUCCAGGCGGGCACGGCGCAGGCCAUCAUCAGCCAGGCCAUCGCCAACCAGCGGCACACCGGGCACCCCCAGCCCGCCGCGCUCACGGCCGGCCGGCGGCCCAUGCCCAGGAUCCUCACCCCAACGCAGUUCAGGGCCCUGCACGUCCCCGGGAAGGCGGGGUCACCGGAGGCUGCGCCGGCCGGCCAGCCCGACGCCACCGCCUCCGCCGGGGUCAAGGAGGCCACGCCGUGGCACCACUCGCCGGCGGGCAUCAAGAGGCUGGCCGCGCUGUCGGACCGGCCUGGGAGGAAGAGGUGCCGGACGGACUUCAUCAGGGACCUGGACGGUCCGCAGGAAAACAGAUCCAGUGGUGUGGAGAAUGAAGUCCCCUACAUUGAAGGAUGUUCUCGAUCUGAACAAGGAGAUGGUGCCAGAAAAACCAAAGAACGCAGAUCCAGAUAUCUGCAGUACCGCCAGGUUGGUCCCAGCAGGCGGACGGCGGGCCAGGCGGGGCCCAACACAGCAGGAGUAGUGGGGCUGGUGGAGGUGGGGACCUUCAGGGAUUCAGCUCCGAGGAGGAGGGCCCGCCUCCCAAACAGGACAACAGGAAAUACAUUGAACCAGCCCCACCUGCGCUUCGAGAUCACCAGCGACGACGGGCUUCAGCGUCAAGGCCGACAGCAUAGAGGUGGCGUGGCGCGCGCGGGACGGACGGAGUUGCUGGAGGCGCGGGCCGGCAUUCCACCUGCGGCAGAUCUGCCGCUGGGCGUGGCGAGCGGCCAGCGCAUGCUGGGCGUGCUGCACGACGCCACCAUCUUCCUGCUGGAGCAGCUGGCAGGGGGCGGGCAGCUGCCGGCGCCACCGCUUCCGCCUUCCACCGCUGCGACGCCGCCGAGGUGGAGCUGCGCUCAACCCAGCGGCUGCGCCCGCGCCGCGGUGUACACACGGAAGUCGACCUUCGACAUGUUCAACUUCCUGGCGUCGCAACACCGGCAGCCGCCCGACAUGUGGCCCCCCUGUGACGAAGAGGACGACGACUUUCCGCUCAAGGACGCGCCAACCAGCACAGAGCUUCCCAUGGCCAUGCGCUUCAGACACCUGGAGAGAACCUCCAAGGAGGCCGUAGGGGUUUACAGGUCUGAGAUCCACGGCCGCGGCCUGUUCUGCAAGAGGAACCUCGAGGCGGGGGAGAUGGUGAUCGAGUACGCCGGCAACGUCAUCCGAGCCGUGCUGACCGACAAGAGGGAGAAAUACUACGACAGCAAGGGCAUCGGCUGCUACAUGUUCCGCAUCGACGACUUCGACGUGGUGGACGCCACCAUGCACGGCAACGCGGCGCGCUUCAUCAACCACUCGUGUGAACCCAACUGCCACUCGCGCGUCAUCAACGUGGACGGCCACAAGCACAUCGUCAUCCUGGCGUUGAGGAAGAUCUACCGCGGAGAGGAGCUCACCUACGACUACAAGUUCCCCAUCGAGGACGAGAACAGCAAGCUGCACUGCAACUGCUCCACCCGCCGCUGCCGUCGCUUCCUCAACUAGGGGGUACCGGCGUCUGUCCUCUCUCCUCUCUCACACUCACACACACACACCAAACAAGUUGGCAAUCUUGCUGUUAGUACUUGAAUUUCAAAGGUAAGACCUCAGGUGGGGCGCGUAGGCACACCGCUGUGGGUGUCACCGGACCCUCGCGUUAACAGAACAACGCGCUGGUGGACAGAAACGGCCUGUUCUGCCAAGGAGCUCGGUCUCAGACGUUUCUUUCGGGGAUGUUUUUCUAACCCUUCUGUACUCUCCGAGUUCUCGGCUGUGAGGAUGUGGCGGGAGAGGGAUCGAUUACAAGGACCCAAUCGUCCCGACUGUUGCUGUUUAUUCGAUGACGCCCAGAUGUGGUUCUGUUUAAACGCAACGCAGCGUGCCCUGAAUCAAGGCCCUGUCCCUGGGAAACGCAAACAAGCGCCCGGCUGGCAUUGAGGAGAUAACCGUGGAGAGAGGCCCGUGGCCGCAGGGCAGUGGGCGUGGCCGCAGGGCAGUGGGCGUGGCCGCAGGGCAGUGGCGUGGGCCGCAGGGCAGUGGGCGUGGCCGCAGGGCGUGGGCCGCUCCCGGGCGGCCACGUCCGCAGGGUCAAUUUUCUCAGUACUGCUCCGUUGUCCCACGAGGGAGGCCAGAGAACGCGUGUUGGAUACACGAGGAGGACGAGAAGGAGUCCUUGGCACCUUACCCCCCCUCCCCCCCAUGUCCACUGCUAGCAUGGCUGUACAUAGCAGACGGGAAGGAGCUUUGGGUUGGGGUGAAAUGGGAGAUAACCCGUUUUUCAGUUGGGCCACCUUGUGUACAAUUAUCAGGAGCGGCGAUGUUUAAGUUUUAACAGUCCCCGAAAACACAACUCUUGCGAACGGAGAGCUGCACAUAUUUUUUCUUUUACUGUUACAAAGGUGGUGUGUGAUUUGCUGUUUUUAUUCUUUUGCCCAUAUGUAGUACAAGGUUGAUUUUUAAAUAUCCAAACCCCCCCCGCAUCUCCCUUUUAGUCACUGUUGGGAUGUUUCUAUGUGUACACAGAGCUUCUGUGACCAAAUGAUCUUGUUUCUUACUAGUUUCUUUUGGCAUUUUAUCCUGGAAAUUGUUUUCCCCAUAUUUCUUUUGGUGCUGUCUAGGUUUAUGGAGGAGAGUUUGUCCAGAAAUCUAAAAUAGUGAUGAAACUGCUCCCUCAGUCAUGUCUUCUUUUGUAUAUUUGAACAAGGGUUAAACGAAUAUUCAACAUGCUUACAAUAAAUUGUUUAUCAACUAUUAUCUUUGUACUUGCUACUGAAGAGCCCUCUUUCCUCCAAGUAGAUGUGAUUAUUACCUAUGUACAUCUCCGGUGUCACUUCCCCCGUGUUCAUCAAGCCUCAGUCCCACCACACCGCGUCUCGGACCCUUAUUGUAGAGUGUUCUACCUCAUAGACACCGCCCACUGGCAGCAGGUUCGUCAUUUAAAACAUUGCACUCAAUGUGUUCAUUUUAGGGGCAGGAUGAAGGAUGUGUCUUCAUGAUUUGUAUACAUCUGUAUACAUCUAACCUGGUCAGCAAAUAUAUUGAUGAAUGCUAUUGGUCUUGUCUGGAGCAGUUUAAGUGACAAAACUGUUUCUAUCGAAUAUGUGUUUUAUGUCAGGUUAAUUUGUGUGGUCUGAACGCGCAAAGUUUUUUCCAUUUGCUGAUUGAUGGAAAAGCAGCCAGUGGGUCACUCAGUUUUAAUGUUUUUAUUGCAGGUUUGGCACAGUCCCAUGAGCACUCAACGAAGUACAUGUGUGUAUUUAUGUCUUAUUUUUGUUUUCCGUUUACAUCAAUUUGCAACGUAUGUCAUGCUUUUUGAUUUGCCACCAUUUUGUCUCUCAGUCCGCUCCGCCUUGUACAUAAUUGUAUACAAAAUUUCUAACUCUGUUUCACAUUUUCUACAUGUUUUUAUUUAUAAUGUUUUUGCCCAAUAAAAAAUCUUGACAAGUUA